GGAGCGGGCGGGCGGCCAUGUACACCCCGGGCGGGCCGGGGCUGCCGGGCGGGGGGCGGCGGAGGCGGGGAGGGGGCGGGGGGAGCGGUUCGGGUCCUGGUUCGGGGGCUCUGCCCAAGCAGCCGGAGCGCAGUUUGGCCUCGGCCCUUCCCGGCGCUCUCUCCAUCACCGCGCUCUGCACCGCGCUGGCCGAGCCCGCCUGGCUCCGCAUCCACGGCGGGACCUGCGCCCGCCAGGAGCUGGGGGUCACCGAUGUCCUGGGAUACGUGGAGCCCGAGCUGCUGCGGGAUUACUGCAUGAACCCCCAGACCGUGCUGCUGCUCCGGGUCAUUGCUGCUUUCUGCUUCCUGGGAAUCCUCUGCAGCCUCUCUGCCUUCCUCCUGGAUGUCUUUGGCCCCAAACACCCAGCCCUGAAGAUCACCCGGCGUUACGCCUUCGCCCACAUCCUCACGGUCCUGCAGUGUGCCACCGUCAUUGGGUUUUGUUACUGGGCCUCGGAGCUGCUCCUGGGGCAGCAGCAGCAGCACAAGAAGUACCACGGCUCCCAGGUCUUUGUCACCUUUGCUGUCAGUUUCUACCUGGUGGCCGGGGCCGGGGCCGCCUCCAUCUUGGCCACGGCCGCCAACCUCCUGCGCCAUUACCCCAGCGAGGAGGAGGAGCAGGCCCUGGAGCUGCUCUCCGAGAUGGAGGAGGCAGAGCCCUUCCCUGCCGACUACGAGGUGCUCAACCAGUUCCAGCCCCCCCCCGCAUACACCCCCUGAGGGGGCACCCCCAAAACCCCCCCAAAACUCUCCCGGAAUCCCCGAGGGAACUGAGGGGGGGAAUGGGAUCCAUGUGGGGGUGGGGGGAGAUCCCAGGGGGUUCCCAGCUCCUGGAGCUGCUGGGGGAUUGGGAGCAGAGGGAGGGAUCCCACUGAGCUCCUGGGAUCCCCUCCGGGGCCUUGGAUUGGGACCAAGAGGGAGAAAUCCCACUGGAUUCCCAGCUUUUCCCUCUGGGAUCUACUUAGAGGUCAGAACAAGAGGGAAAAACCCCCCUGGGUUCCCACCUCUCUCUUCUGGGAUCUACUUAAUUGGGACCAGAGGGAGAGAGCCCACUGGAUUCCCAGCUUUUCCCUCUGGGAUCCCCUUGGAGAUCCACUGGAGUCAGAGGGAGAAAUCCCACCAGGGAUCCACUCCGAGCUCUUGGAGAUGGGGAUAAGAGGGAGAAAUCCCCCUGGAUUCCCAGCUCCCUCCUCUGGGAUCCACUCAGUCCUCAGAGAUUGGAGCAAGAGGGAGAGAUCCCCCUGGAUUCCCAGCUUCCUUCCCCAGGAUCCAGGUGGGGAUCUUGUCACCAGGAUAAGAAGGAGAAAUCCCCCUGGAUCCCACUCCCUCCUCUGGGAUCCGCACGGAGCUCCUGUCACUGGGGGAAAUGCCCCUGGAUUCCCAACUCCCUGCUCCAGGAUCCACUCAGACCCCUCAGAGAUUGGAACAAGAGGGACAAAUCCCACUGGAUUCCCAGCUUUUUCCUCCAGGAUCUGCUUGGAGAUCUCAUCACCAGGAUAAGGAGAAAUCCCACUGGAUUCCCACCUCUCCAGGACCUGCUGGGAGAUCUUGGCACUGGGACACACGGGAGAGAUCCCACGGGAUUCCCUCGAGACUCCUCAGAGAUGAAAGGGAGAAAUCCCACUGGAUUCCCAACUUCCUCCUCCAGGAUCCACUCGGAGAUCUCACAACUGGGAUGAGCAGGAGAAAUCCCACCAGAUCCCAAACUUUUCCCUCUUGGGAUCCACUCAGACCCCUUGGAGAUGGAGACAGGAGGGGUGCAUCCCACUGGAUCCCCAGCGUCCUCCCCUGGGAUUCCCUUGGAGCUCUUGGCACCAGGAGAAGAGGGUGGAAUCCCACCAGAUCCCAAACUUUCUCCUCCAGGAUCCCCCCCCAGAGGGAGAAAUCCCAAAGGAUUCCUCACUUUUUCCAGGAUCCCCUCAUUCCCACCCCCCCCAGCCAGGGAACAGGAGCCCAGAUCCCACCAGAUCCCCCCAGAUCCCCCCCUUUCCUCUGGGAUCCUCAGCCCUGGGACAAGAAGG